AUGCUGAUUGAGUACAACGCGUCACUCUCCGCCCGAACCUCCUCGCCGCUAGGCUCGGGCCGAGCCUCCGGGGCAGGUCCGGAAGGUGGGGUAGCGGGCGGUGGGCCUGGUCCGUCGCUGUUAUCCCCCAUGGGCGGUGGGACUGGCUCGUCUCUUUUGUCUCCUGUGGGGUGUUCCACUCCUCAAUCCACGCUCUCUGAUGCGGUGCUGAUGGGUCCGGCUAGCAGCAGCACAAACACGAGCAGCAGCAGCAUUGCGGCUGUGAGUGGACCGCUGGAGAGUCUGUUUAUUGGGUCGGAUGGGGCUGGAGCGGUGGGGGCAGCAGGAGGUGCUGCUGCCACUGGUGGCAGUGGUGGUGGGGAUGGCGCUGCUGCUGUUGGUGUUGCUGCUGGUGGUGGUGUUAGUGGUGGUGGUGGUGGGAUUAGUGAGAGCAGAAGCGGUGAUGGAGUGAGCAGCAUUGCCGCCGUGGUUGAAGGAGGAGGGGGUGUGAUGAAAUCGCGAUCCGCCACCCAGCCAACUCUGCAAAAUUCCUCCUCGGCGGCUGCUGUGCUCAUCCGCGCGCGAGGGAAGCCGCACUUUGCUGCGCUCUACUGCAAAGCGCGUCAAGCAACGGUGGCGAGUGCGGUGGAGAGUGUGAGCAUGAAGGAAUACACAGCAGAGGAGACGCAGGCCAUGGCGUGGGCGGAUCUAGAGCCGUUGAUCAAGCUGUGGAUCAGAGACAUCAGCAUCCUGCUGCGGGUUCUCUUCUUCUCCGAGCAUCAGCUCAUCAAGGGCGCACUGAAGGCGAAUGACAGCACGACGCACAGCACAUCCCAGAGCACACCUGAGAAUGCACCUGAGGGACCACCUGAGAGUCCACCGGAGGAUAAACCUGAGGGCAGGAGCAAGUGCGCGGAGCAGGCUGCCAGGAAACCCGGGGAGCACCUGAUGAGUCCGGACAGCGUGCUUCGGCAUCUAGUGGGGUCGGUGGGCGGGGUGAAAUCGACCCUGUGUGUGCUGUGCGCGAAUGCUGCAGCCAUCGCUGCGUCUAAGAGCGCCCCUGAGAAGAUCUUCGCGCUGCUGGAGGCAUACCGCACUGUUGCUGACCUCUCCCCUCAGGCCUUACCAGUGUUCCUCGCUCUCCCAAAGAGCGACUCAGACGAUCCCUUCAAGCUCUGGCAGCGGCUCUCGCAGCUCUUUGCAGGAGCCAUCUUUGCCACUCUGGACGACCUCAACCGCAUUCUCAGGGACGUGUCAGCCUUUGUGCCUGCGAAUCAAGCCAGUGGGAGCUCACCAAUGAAGAAGAAGCUGCUCAGGCUGAUUCACUGGAAGUCCUCGGAGCAGAAGGCCACAAACGAGGAGGAGGUGGAUAUCGGCGUGCAUAAAGUAACAAGCUACGUGAUUAACUUCAUCGCACAACUAAUGGAUAGGGAGAGCCGCAGCGGCAGUCAAACGAGUCAAGGCAGUCAAGGCGGCGGUCAAGCAGGUCAAGGGGGGAGUCAAGGGGGGAACCAGCUGCAGCACCCGAGUGCGGGUGGCAGGCGCCAGCUGGCGGCGGAGAUGGAGGGGUUGCUGGAUUCGUUGCUGUUCAACAUGGAGGCGCGGGGGCGGGCGAUCCAGGACCCUGCGAUGGGGGCGCUGUUUGUGAUGAACAACGCGCACUAUGUGGCUGGCAGCAUUGUUGCAACGAGGAUGAAGGACGCAUUGAAGCAGCAGGAUCGGAUCGCGGCCUAUGAAGCAGCCUUUGAUAAGGCGGGCCUUGCAAAGCUCAUGGCAUGCUUGGCGCCUGAAGAGGUAUCUGCAAAGCUCAGCGCAGAUGCAGUCAAAUCCAGGCUCAAGAAGUUCAACUCAGCCUUCGAGGAGGUGGCGUUGGAGCAGAACCGUUGGAUCGUGAUCAGCGACUCGCAGAGGAAGAAGACGAGGAUUCGUUUCGCCCGCACACUCAAGAACGCUUACCUGGAGUUCCUUACACCUCAUAGGGAGAUCAUAGCAGACAUCCCGACCUAUCAGUGGUCGCCAGAUGGCAUCGAGCGAUUGAUGCUCAAGUCCUUCUUCCUCGAGCCUCCCGCCUUUAGCUUCCCUGUUAAGGCAUGGGAGGCGGCAUAUGGCUUGCAGGCGGACUCCCCCCUUCCCCCUUCCGCCAUCGCCCUCCCCCCGCGCGUUCCCCCUCCCCCGCACCUGGAGGACUGCGCUGUCCUGACUGCCUGGCGCUGGGCGCAGGAGCAUGGGGAAGCGGGGGGUGCGGGGGGACAGGGGGAAACGGGGGAACCAGGAGAAGUGGGAGAAGGGUGGGAAACAGGGGGGGCAAGGGAAGCGGAGAAAGCGGGGGGAGGAGGGGAAGAAAACAGGGGGGAAUCAGGGGAAGAGGGGAAAGUGGGGGAAGGAAAAGGGGGACGAUCAGGGGAAGGCUCGCAAGUAAGCGGGGGAAGGGGGAAGCUUCCCCCCUGGGCGGCACAAGCUCACCCCCAACCGCCCUGGAUCGUCGGUUCUGACGCGGCCAAUCUGGCGAUGACACGUGUCGCUCAGCGGGACAUCUGGGCGCACCAGUUCCCCCCUGGGGGGGACUGCAGCAACAAACGCCUCCUAUUGGUGGAUUGGCCUAGCUCGGCGCACGGGAUUGGCUCACAGCUGCAUAUCAUGAGCGCGAUUCUGAGCGUUGCAAUGCGGUUCAAAAGGGUGCUGGUUCCAAGUCGGGGGUCGUUCACUCGAGCUAGUCACCCCGAUUGUAACGGUGAGUUCCACAGGCACAUUCGGCUCCUUCCACUGCUACUUCUUCCCCUCGUCUCCCCCGCCUGUGAACGUGAAGCUGAGCUGGCGGCAGUGGCGGCAGCAGCGGCCAAUGAGACGCUGCCACGUGUGACAGAGGAGAGCAAGGAGGCGGUUCUGGCGUCAGAUCAGCGAGUGGUGCUGUUCCAUCGGGAGCCUUAUAACGGAUUGCGCUUUGAAGGGGAUGUGAGCCGUUGGCCCAAUGCUUAUCGUGAGCGGCCUAACACCAUAGAGCUCGUUGGAUUUGUGGGGGAGGGGGAUGACACGAGGCAACGGGUGCACUGGUGGAGGGCUCAAUCUAUUCGUUUCCUCCUCCGCUCCCCCUCUGUCUACCUCUGCCACAUCACCAAUCGCGUCCGCCACACCUCCUACGGUCUCUCAGUUGCUGCCCACCUCGCCGCCUCUGCCGCCCAGCAGGCCGCGCUGGCCCGCACCCACCCGAAUAUUCUAUCCUCGCUAAGUGCUGCUGCACCGCCGUGUAUUGGCGGUGAUGGAAGUAGUAACCUUUUUGGAGCAGCGGUUGGUGAUAUAAGAACUAACAGUAGCAGUAGUGAAAGGGUUUUUUAUGAAAGCAGCAAGCGUAGUGACGCUGGUAACCCAAACAGCAGCAGUGGUAGCUCCGGCAGUCACUCUACUGGUAACACUGAUGGUGGUAACCCUGCUGAUAACCCUAAACUGAUGGGGGGAUUCCCGGUUCUAGACAGUGUUCUGAAUGGGUGCACUCUGGAGUCAAGGGCAUGGGCAGAGAGGAGACGGACAGCAGCACACUCAAGCUGCACCUGCAGCAGCACAGACAGCACCAGUGCAACAAAUACAACAGUAAGUGGCGCCCCCGGUAUAACUGACAGCAGAUCUCUCAACUACAGGCGUCUAAUUCUCGGGAUCGAGCCGUACGUGCCGCGGCCGAUAGUGAGUAUGCAUGUGAGGCAAGGCGACAAGGGCAGUGAGAUGCAACUCAACUCCUUCGCGGCUUUUAUGUUCUUUACCUACCGGCUAAGGAGGGCUGACCCGGACGUGAAGCACGUGUGGCUGAGCACAGAGAUGCAGUCUGUUAUCGACCAAGCGAAUCAAUUCAAGGACUGGUCAUUUCUUUACUCGCACAACCCGCGGCAAAGCAGCAACAAGCACAUGGUGGAUUAUGAGCGAGAUGUGGGGCAUCAGCUAGUUGGCAUUAGCUUUGCGAAUCUAAUUAUUUCCUCGCAGUGUGAUUAUUUUGUGGGCGCGCUGGGCUCGAAUUGGAACAGGUUGAUUAAUGAGCUACGGGUAACUAAUGGUCGGCUUUUUAAAGGCUAUGUGACGCUGAACAACGACGAGUUUUGA